AUGGAUGAAUACACAUCGGACGUGAAUUUUGUGUUUAAAUCACAGGAUGGUGGUUUCGACAAGUUGCCAGCACAUAAAAACCUCCUGAUUGCAUCGAGUGAUGUAUUCCGUGUUAUGUUCGACGGUCGCUGGAAAGAGACAGAUUCUGUACAAAUUGAUGAUGCUAGCGUCGAUUCAUUCCAGGAAUUCCUUCGGUUCUUCUACUUCGAUGAAGUUAAAUUAACAAUGGCCAACAUCGAAGUUGUUAUCGAUUUGGGAAAAAGAUACGAAAUGUCCGGAUGUGUCUCGGCAUGUGCUCGAUUCCUCGAGUACAAUAUGACAACAGAAAAUGUGUGUUUCGUGUACGAGCUUGCCAUUCUCUACGGCCUAACGAAAUUGCAGCGAAUUUGUGAAAUGACCAUUGCCAUUGACUCGGAAGCUACAUUCAAAUCAUCUUUUUUUUUGGACUGUCACCUAGAGGUACUGAGACGUAUUGUAAAUUUAAAAAUGUUAUCAUGCUCUGAAACGGUGGUGUUCAAAGCGUGUAUGGAAUGGGUGCGAGCCGUUAGCAAUGAAAAAACGGUGACAAAAACCUUGGUUGAGAAGCAUCUUGGUAAAUUAUUUUAUGACAUUCGCUUUGCAUCAAUGAGUAUCAUUGAAUUUGGACCGAUUUUCCUUCGGAAUCGAUCUCUAUUUCCAAUCGAAGAGCACCAAGACAUUCUUUUGGCGAUUAUGUCAAAGGAACACAAACCGAAAUUUUUCAAUGGAAAAAAUCGCCUGGAUGCUUGCGAUCUCACCAGACCGAAAGUUGGAUGCAUUCGUGAAUACGACGAUGCCACUGAAAUGGAACACAAAAUCGGCGAACCAAUUUCAACUACGUUUCAUGUGAACGCAACACUGUUGCUGAGAGGUAUUAUUUGUGCGGAAAUGUUUCGCCUGGAAAAUUGGCCGAUCGCUAUGACAAAGGAUUUGACCGGAAGAUUAACAAUCAUUGAAAUUCGUGGCCGAAACUCCAAUGGCAUGUCAUCGAUUGUGUAUGUUGACGAGCAGAUUAUAUUGAAGGCAAAACAAGACAAUUGCAUUGAACUGAACAAACCAAUCAUCAUACGCAGGGGUAUCAAAUAUAAAAUUCAAUUGGACUUGAACUUGCCGUUCACCAGCUGUUCAUUGAUCUAUUUCAAAAGUGCUGAGAUGAACAUUGAAAAGGGUACGUGUUUGAAAUUUUCGGGCGACACAAUGAAAAACAAAAAGAGACGGGGCAUCGUAUAUGGACUUCAGUUUACACGAUUUUAG